AUGAAGGCUCGUUUUUGCGAUCUGUUCUCCGGUAAACGUGUAUCUCGUCCCGAGACCUGGAGAAAGGAUCUUUGAUGGAGAAGUUAUUGGGACAGGGUGCAAAGUGGUGUUGGAUGCAAGGGGAAAUCUUAGAUUUUCUCUGAUCCUUCACGUCAGGAUUUUGUAUAAUUUCGGGUGCUGCGUCAUAAAUCCCAAAAUGCAUGAAAUCGCAAUUCAGGGACCGUAGAUUUCAAAAGUUUCCGGACCCCGGACCCUCCAGACGGUCUCACGCCUUCGUGAGGUUCGCCCCCCGCAAAAUUAAGGUUUGGCUACGCCAAGGGUUAUAGCUGUACAAUUAUAGCUACAAAGAGUUGAAGUUAUCGUUUAAAGUAAAAUAUAGCUGAAGUUAAUAAAUUAAAGUAUUACAAAAUCUUUCUUCAGACUCGCGCCAGUCGCGCGUUCGCCAAACCUCGACGGCUCAUAUUUUUCGUUCUGCCUUUUUUUCGGUUUUGCCGCCCCAGUGAAAAUUCCUUAAAAAAGGCACUGCUGCCUACUGUAUUAAAGUAGAGUAGUUGGUGGAAUUAUUUGAUCAAUACAGCUUUAUGGCAUUACAGAGAAUGUAGUAAAUUAAAAAUAUGAUAACAUUUCAGAUAAUCAGGUUUACAUACUUGUAUGUUGAUGUCAGUUGCAAUGCCAAACUCAUAGAAUAUAUAAGUGAGUAUUGUGAGUCUAAAGAAUUUUGAUUGACAGUAUUUGUGUCAGUUUUACUGACGUGAAACUGUGCCGGUUUUUAUUGCAAAAUAGGGCGAGUUUAGGCGAGUUAAGCAAUCUCAUUGCGAGAUAAGGCGAGAUUGGGCGAGUUAAGCAAAAUUCGAUCAAUUUCUAUUGCGAGAUAGGGCGAGAUAAGGCGAGUUAGGGCGAGUUAAGGCGAGUUAAGGUCCCAGAGUAGGCCUGUUAUUGUAUAACUAAAUUCGGACGAGUUUAACAUUAAUUUUAUUCAUAUAACAAAUUCGAAGGUAGAGCUCAUGUUGAUUAGUUGCUGUCAAAUGUCAAUCGCAACCACACUCACUGCCUACACAGCGAUCAAACUUUUAAACUUGUAUCUAAGAUUUAGGAUAGCAUAUUUUCACAAGCAAUCCUGAAUUUAACCUUAACACUCAAUAACCAAGAUUGAAGAAAAUAUGUUCUUUCUUUUGUUUCAGGAAGUUCACUGCAAAGCAACAUCCACGUGAUUUCGAACGUAACUAUACGUCGAUUUACGAACACGGGAAUCAGUCUUGAUGUGAAUCACGACACGACGAUCAUAAAAAAUUGUCUUAUAACAAAUGCAAAUGCAAAUUGUAUAUCCGUGUCGGGAGAACGAUCUGCAGUGCAACUAUUAAACAAUACAUUUCAAGACAAUGGUGACUCGGCUUAUGCAACGUGCGUACUCGUAUCAUUCAUCAAUUACAAUGUCUCUUUCUAUGCAAAUGGAAACACCUUUUAUAACAACAACGCAACGAAGAUAUUGAAACUUUUCAUCCGAUCUGACGUUGCAAGAUCUGUAAUUAAGAUCGCCAAUAACGACAUUCUUAAUAAUACUUGCGAGAAUCUGGUUGACGUGGAAUAUUCUUGCCCAAAUAGGCCUCGCAGUUUACAAACAAUUUCUCUAGCGAAUAACUACUGGAGAUACAAUCAAAUGCGAAGUACCUCAGUAAUAUUAAAGCGAACCAAUGUUUGGUAUUGUUCUGGUUACAACUUUGACGCCUUGUUAAUGGAAAAUGACUUUCUUGACAACAUAGGUGGAGGGAUUGUUAACAUCCAAUUCUUGUACACUUCUGGCAGGGGAAUUGUUGGCAUCCAAUACCGGUCGACAAGCAUCAUCCUUAGCUCAAAUUUUCUUCAAAGGAAUGUUUUAGAAAAAAGUGCAAUUGUUGCAUCAUUACAAGGUUAUAAUAAUGAUAUUUCAUUAUUACAUAACAGAUUCUUCAAUAACACAGCCGAGAAAUUGGUUGACAUCAGUGGAAACGGUCCGAUGGUUGUCAUUCGCAACAACAGCAUGGUGCACAAUGAAGUUGAUAAAAGUAUCUUUAAUCUUGUUAUUGGCAGUGAUAUUCCAUAUUUAGCACAUUACAGAGUUGCCGGUGAUACUUCAUUAUUACAUAACAGCUUUUUCAAUAACACAGCUGAAAAAUUGGUUAACGUCAUCAGAACUAGUCGGAAGGUUGUCAUUCACGACAAUAGCAUGAUGCACAAUGAAGUUGAUAAAAGCAUCUUUAACCUUGUUACUGGACAACGUUAUGUUGUGGACAGUUUUAACUUCACCAGAAAUAGUCUGAUUGCCAAUGGCCUUCGUCGACAUGAUCUAUCGUUACCUUACAAUGCCACCAACGACGUGGCUGCUGUAAUUUGCUCCAGCAGAAUCAUACCGACGUCUAUCAAUGAGAAUUUCUUUGAAAACCCACUCUUCGCUUGGGAAUUGAUAUUCACGCUGUCGCAAACUUUCAGGCCACACGAAAUUGACGGUAAAUACAAUUGGUGGGGUUCCAAAGACGAAAAAGAAAUAAUUUUGAGGAUUUUCGAUUUCCGUUGGCGAAAUUAUUUACCUCGACUAAACUUCUCUCCCUUUCUUGCAAGUGCUAAUCUUUCCGACGUUUUCACCGGAGAAACAAGGGUGAACUUUGGUAAUGGUAGCGUAGAGAGAGACAGGCCGACCUCUGGAGAAACUAGUAGGAAUGUUAAUGUGAACUUUGGUAAUGAUAGCGUAGAGAGAGACAGACCGACCUCUGGAGAAACUAGUAGGAAUGUUAAUUAUAUAUAUAACAUUCUAAUAUUAUUGUACGUAGUACAGCUAGUGUAACGUAUUUUAGUAAUGGUUUAUAAGAUCGUUUUUCUUUGUAAAUUACGUUAUAUAUAGACGUUAUAAACUGAAUGUGAGAGGGGGAAAUUGGGAAAAGGAACGAAAUCGGGCUAUGCAAGGCAAAAACUGAGUAAUAAUAUGUUUCAUAUAUGAUGCAUACUUGCCGAUUGUAAACGUUUGAAAGCUUUGGAAUAAAGAAUAAUGGAAUAAUUCUACACAAGUAAUAGUGAGGUUCAGAUUUGACUUCUACACUAUUAACCAAUCAGAUGCGUUUGAUAUAUCCGAUAAACCAAUCAGAUGUGUACUUCAGAGGUAGGUAGCGAUAGUGGAAUUCAAAUCUAAACCUCGCAGUGUCGGAAACUAUAUCACGUGACAUAUAUCACGUGAAUCUUUUAGGUGCUAUAAUCUUAGUGAUUGGGGUUGGAAUUAAUAAUAAUUUUGUACUUGUUGACUAUUUAAAAAAAAAAAAAUUUUAAAACGUACAAGUUUGUGACUCGUGAUUUGGUAACUUUGUGCCAUGAAAAGCCUUGCGUGACCAUUCGAGACUGUGAAAAACCGCGACUUAAAUCAUGUCCAUGAAAAAGCAGCUCACAGAAAUAGACUCUAAGCUCAAAAUUAUACGUCUUAAACUAAAGCAAGCAGAGGAAAUCAUAACAAAACGUGAUAGAGAAGCCGCCGAACGACACCGGAUUACCAUUUUGAAUUUAACUAAAGCUGUCGAAGAUCUUCGAUCCUAGCUAGCUCUAUCGAAGAACUAAAAUUUAGUGCGGGUGAACCGGAAGAAAUGGUCACAACAUGGUCCCAGGAGAUCGCGCAAGAGCUUUCCCACGCCGAUAAAUCCUGCGCUGAACUAUGUAAGUGCGCUAAAGCGAUUGACGAUGAAUUUAAAGCGGCUGGAGAAGCCAAACGGCCAGAAACUGUGAUUGAAUUUGAAAAACAAUUGGUAAAACAAAAGCUUGAAGCCGAAUUCAAACAAAAGGAGCUCAGUGUGAAAUCCUUUGCGGCAGUAAAAUACCGAAACUUACAAUAA